AUGGACGGUCCGACAAAUACAUCGAACGGUAUCCCUACCAGUCUUACUUUUCUAACGGGUGAAGAAUAUGAGGCUGUUCGCCGAGAACGCAUUGAACGUAACCGAGCCUUAAUGACUCAACUAGGAUUAGUCGGGACUGAUUCCCUGUUCUUAGGGAGUUCCCCUGGAAACAAGCUAACCAUACCAGUUAAUAAAACUCGCCAAACUCGAGAAACUAGCGGAAGAAACAGUAAUAAAACUGAUAUGGCAUUUCGCAGUAGGCUAAGGAGCUCGGGGAAGAUAGACCUUUUGAAAGAGAAUUCCUUAUUGAACAAGAAUAAUGUUGAUCAUGGUGAAAAGAAACGUUAUCAUAGAAGCAAGACUCAUAAAAAAUGGGUUUCAUUCCGAUGUGCGAAUCCUGGGCGCCGUGUUAUCGGAGGACGCGUUUAUGAUUCUGAACUCGGCACGACAUGCCAUCAAUGUCGUCAGAAGACCACCGAGGAAAAGGUUUCAUGUACUUAUGUAUUAUCUGAUGGAAGUUUAUGUCCUGUGAUGUUCGAUGAGCGAUGUCUUAUGGGAAGAAAAGGUCUCUGCCCGACCGGCAUACUGAAGCCAGUGGCGUUGAAAAAAGGUUUUGACAGUGUUAUGGAUUUUCUUUCUAGUAUGACCCAUUUUCCUACAGAGAAGCUUGCAACUCGGCUAUCGACUAAGAAUAUGACCAAAAUAUGUGAUGAGAGCAAUAGUGCUAUGGUCAAUGUCAUACAUCGAGAACAUGUCGGUCCAGAGGUAACAGACGCAAAAGUGGAAAACCCAUUAGUUGAAAAUAAGCACAAUCUCAGAGAUUAUUCGGACUUCACCGAAUAUGAAGAUGAGGAAGAGAUGGUAACGACAAGGAAGUCGAGCAAACGAUAUAAUGGACGAAGGAAGGAUAAUGAAGACAGGUGUGAAUCAGACAAAGGGAAACGAACGCUAUAUAACGAAAAU